AUGCCCGAGGUGUACCGCGAGUCCCGGUCCUACCGGGAGCGCGACACGUCGCCCUCAAGUGACGAGGGCUACAAGAAGACCACAGUGCGCCGCUACAAGGUCGGCGGCCCGAACCGCACUGAGCGUGCUGAGCGCGAGGUUGACGUCAUCGAGGAGGACCGUCGCUCCCGCUACGCUCCCGCUGGCUUUGUGGCCGGCGCCGGCCGCAGCAGCCAAGCCGACCUCCUCGAAGUUGACCGUCGGACCGAGCGUCUGUACAUUCCCGAGCGCCCCCGCUCGGCCUUUGACCCUUCACCGCGAAGUGCUACCUAUGUUGAACGCCAAGUCAUCGAGCGCGAGCGCGAGCCUAGGGACCGAGAUGAGCAUUACACCAAGGUCGAUCGCGUCGAAUAUCGCGACGACAGGGCCCGAGGCGGCGCCGUCAUCGAGCGCGAGCGCGAGAGGGUUGUAGAGCGCGACGAUGAUUACUAUCAAGAGCGCGACCGCGACCACAACCGUGAUCGCGACCGGUCGAGGGUCGUCUAUGAGUCGACCAAGGAGGUCGAGCGCGAAGCUUUCUCUCCGCGGUCGCCCCGUGAUUGGGACCGCCGCUCGUACUGGGAUGACAAGGAUGCCGAUGUACGCAUCGAAAAGAGAAUCGAGCGCCGCGACGACGGUGAAAUCAGGGUGGAGCGUCGCGUCGAAGAGCGCCGUGACGAAGGCCCUGCCGAGAUCGAGCGCUGGCGCAAGGAGACCGAGUACUACGAGCCCGCCAGAGAAUCGGCACCCAUCGUGAUUCGCCAACGCGCCCCCGAGCAGCAGAAGAUCAUCGUCCAGGAAGCCCCUGCUCCUCCGCCCCUCGUCAUUCGGGAGCCGGCCGAGGUUCGCGAGGUUGCUGUUGCAAGCCGUCCGUCGCGUGAUGAGGAGUACUAUUACCACCGUGAGUCCCGCGAGGUUGGCCCUUACCGAGGAGAACGCCGCGAGGAAGAAGUCGCAAUCGAGCGCUACGACGAUGGCCGCCGGCAUCAUCACCACCACCAUCGCCACGGCAGCGAGGGCGAGUCGGAUGAUGGCUACUAUGUCAAGCGAACAGUCGUCCGGCGUGAGCGCAGCGAGUCGGGAAGCCCCCACCGGAAGCGCCACAUAGCCGAAGGCGCCCUAGCUGGAGCUGGUCUGUCCGCGAUCCUGGCAUCCCGACGUAACAACCAGGGCGAGCUCCCAGAGCAUCGUGGCCGCAAGGUUCUCGCGGGCGCUGCCAUUGGAGCGCUCGGCACCGAGGUCGUCAGACGGGCACACAGCGCCUAUCAAGAGCGCUAUGGCGACGAAGAACGUGGCCGCUCUCGGUCGCGCUCUCGGCCGGCGCAUUCCCGGAUCAAGACCGGUCUAGGCAUCGCGGCUGUGGCCCUGGCAGCUGCCGGCGCGGCCAAGUACUACCAGAGCCAGAAGAUUGAGAAGGAGGAGCUGAGCCGCGGUCGUAGUCUUCAUCGAUACAGCGAUGACGAAGGGUCUCGCAGCCCCAAGCGCUCAAAGAGCCGCGCCGCAUCGAUGGCCAAGGCUGCCGUCGGAACGGCGGCCCUGACUGGCCUGGUGCAGCACUACCGCCACAAGAGUAAAUCGCGCGACGGCAAGGACCGGUCUCGCUCACGGCUGCGCACCGGCGCCGAGAUUGUAGCGGCGGGCCUGGCAGGCGCCGGCGCCAAGAAUCUAUGGGACCGGCACAAGGAAAAGAAGGAGCGCGAGAAGGAGGGUGAUCGGCGGGAACGCGAUCUCAGCGACGCCGAUGACUACGAGUCUGAUUAUCACGCCCCACGCAGCAGAAGCAUGGUUGAGUACGGGGCACAACCCCUGUACAGAGAAGCCCCUUACCCGACGCACACGGACAGGGACGGCGAUGCAGGGUAUAACUCGGCUGCCGACGAGGCGAGGAGGAGGAGUCGGCGCCGAAAGGGCAAGGACAAUGCGAGAUCGAGAGGCGACUACUCGGGCGACAGCGGCGUCGAAAGUGAUCGUGAAAAUAGGGUAGAAAAGAAACGUAGCGGGAGCAGGCUUAGGAACAUGGCUGCUGGUGCCGCCGCCGCGGGUGCCGCAGCCUUUGGCUUGAAGAAGUAUAGUGACAAGAAGGAAAAGGACAAGAAGGAGGAGAGGGACAAGGACCGUGACCGUAAGGAUAAGCACCGUGAGAAAGACCGGGACAGGGACAGGGACAGGGACAGGGACAGAGAUAGGGAUAGAGAUCGUGACCGCGAUCUUGAUCGGGAUCGUGAACUGGAAAGGGAGAGAGAAAGGGAACUGGGGAGGGAACGGGACCGGCGCCGCUUUGAGGGCGAGGCUUCAACAGACCCCGACGGCGGCUUGUACACGCCUCGGACGCCGUCGCCUCCUAACGCGUCCGGUGGCUACUUCUCGCCUCAUAUGCCUCCCUCAACCGGGUUUACCCAGCACCCCAAUGUUGCUGCCACAAACAUUGACCAGCAAUAUCGGCCAUAUCCCUACAACCCUCAAGACUAUGCUGGGUAUCCUCCGCCGCCACCGGGGCCGCCUCCCAACUCGGCCGCAACAACCGGCGGCGAGCCGCCAGGCGUGCCACUACCGCCGGGCCCACCGCCGCCGGGCGUGCCUCCAACAUAUAACGGACCUCCACCGCCGGGCGCGCCCCCAACGUAUAACGGACCUCCACCGCCGGGCACAAUAUCACAAGGGAUGCCGCCUCCGACAACUCCAACGGGUCCUGAACAUGUGAGUGAAGCUUCUCAUGUCGGUCCUUCAAUUUCCCAGCCAGAAGCUGCCGCGCGCCCUGACGACGACAGCAAGAAGGAUGGUGUAACUCCAUCAUCCCCCCGUGGCCGGUCUACAACGUCUACCGCCGACCAACCACCAGACACUCCUCGCGGACGGUCUGUCGUGUUCAUCCCCUUGUCUCCCAAAUCUUUCACAACUCUUCGGCGCCAUCGCGAAGAGCAAGAGGCAGCCAGGUCCGGAAACGAGGACGAACCUGAUGACAAUGACGACGGAAGCAGCGACGACAACGGCCCGCCUCGUGACCGUGGUAAGGGUGUUGCCCAUGGCGCGAGAAUCGACAGCCCUCGUCGCGAAGCUAGCCGCACCGCUACCGCGGACGAAAGUGCACCUCGGCGCCGCCGGAAUUCUGAGCCCCCCUCUAGUUCUAGACGACCGCCCCCACCAGCCUCGAGCCGUGCCCGUGACAAAGACAGUCUAGACACAGACAACGAAAGCGUCGUAGAAAAUCUGCCAGACCGUUUUGACUCGCAAGGACAGCCUAUAGCCGGGGGGCGCGGUCCAGUACACAGCCGACGAGGUGACUUUGAGUACCGAAGCCCCCGAGGCAGUAACGGAACCAGCUUACAUGGCGAGUGGGGCGUAUCUGGGACAGAUCACGAGGCGGUGGACCGCAUCGUUAGAAACGUGACGGGCGUGCUGGAAGGGCGUAGUGGCUGGCUGGGACUGAUCGGCGGCAUCUUGAGCGGCACCCUUUUGCAACCCGGAGCAGGGGCGGAAGAAGAGGGUCAGGGAAGGAUUUCUGAUCAGGGACGCGGGGGCGACAGGGAUCGCGACGAUGACAGGAGGCGCAGGGGUGGCGAGGACGAAAGCGACGACACUAGGAGCCGGCGACGUAAAGGCGAAGAUGACGAAAAAACUCACCGCAGCCAUCGUAGUAGUCGUCAUCGCAGAGAAGAUGGCGAUGACGAAGAUGACUAUGACCAGCGCAAGAGUUCAAGUCGACGUCGCCGGGACGAUGAAGACGACGACAGACGCAGCAGCACUGGCCGGCGGCGCAGAGAUGAUGACUCUGAUUCUGAUGUGCGUGAAAGCACGAGUAGGCGACGUCGCAAAGACGACGAAGGAGGUAGGGACAGGGACAGAGACAGAGACAGAGAUAGGGACAGAGGUUGGGACAGAGAUCGGGAUAGGGAUAAGGAUAGGGACAAGAGUAGGAAUAGGGAUAAGGAUAGGGACAGGGAAAGGGCCAGGGACAGGAGCAAAGAUCGGGAUAGUAAAAGCGACAGGGACAAGGACAGCGAUCGGGAAAGAGACGAGGAACGGGGCAAGAGCAGCCGCCAUCGCAGAGACGACGAGCGCGGCGAGAGCAGCAGGCCCCCGGAAACCAAACGGGCCCGCGCUCGCGACCGUGACGACGACUCGCAAGACGACGACUACUACGAUGACCGGAAACGCAGGCGCCGCGAGACGGAGCAUCGCAGGCGCGACAGGGACAGAGACAGCGACUAG